AGACGAGUCUCCCUGUGUGACUGUGCACAGCUGUCUACCAUGGGAAGAAGAUACUGAUCAACUGAAAUAGCACCUGAACUCCCAGAAACCAACAAGAAACAGUCGGGAGCAGCUUUUCUCAUGAAAAACAAACACCGCUGGCUGUUAAAUCCCUGGUUGAUAUUGCCAAGUGACAACAAAAUGCUUCACUCAGAGAGUCAGUACACACGGCUGCGAUGGUUACUAACCAUUGCUGGACUUGUCCUCUAUGUGGUGGACAUUUGGACAGACAUGGGACUGGCUCUGAAAUAUUUUUGUGAGAAACAAUAUGUCUGGACUGGACUGACUCUCCUGUUUGUUCUGGCUGGACUGCUGGUGAGCCAGCUCUUCAGCUCUGCCUGGUACAUGGACGAUAUGAAGAACGUGCUGAGAAACCCAGACGGGAGAGGAACAGUGGCCGGCAUGUCAACUGGUCUACUUGUUGUCCUGCACGUAUUUGGCAUGGGAGUCUUCUCCAGGUAUUACCACCUGCUGAAAAGAGGGUUUGAAGUAGUUAGGAUGACGCCAAAGUGCUGCACGGUGGAAGAGAGUAGGGAGGAGCACCACUAUCUGUUUUGCUUGGCUACUGAUCUGAGCAUGCUCAAACUGUUUGAGGCUUUCCUGGAGAGUGCCCCCCAGCUCCUUCUACAAAUCUACAUACUGCUGGGUCACGAUGAAGGCUCUGUUAUGCAGUAUUUAUCUAUGGCCUUUUCCUUCUUCAAUCUCGCCUGGGCCCUGGUGGACUAUCGUCGCUGCCUGCGCAGAUCCCUCCACCAUAUCCGGGAGAUGCCCUCAGGCCUCCCCACAGCAAUCUACCUCCUGUACAAGCUCUGCACCAUCACCAGCCACAUCCUCAGCUUCAGCCUCCUCCUCAUACUGAGCUCUUACAGCGCCGUGGCUCUCGUCCUCUUCUGGCUGCUCAUGACAACCUUCACACACCUGCUUCACACCAACUUCUGCUCAUCCAAAGGCCUGGAGCUCCUCUACCAGGCCGUCAUCGGAGUCAUCCUCACGUUCACCUUUUUCAAUGUCAAAGGUCAGGACACAAAAGUGCUCAUGACCAUCUACUACAUUUUCCACUUUCUUCUAAACAUUAUGGCUCCAGUCAUGCUGGCUCUGUUGAAGCCGGAGCUGCAGACUGCCCCAUUUCUGCUGCCAGUCGUAGGUUUAAUCGCUGGAGGUUCAGUGCUGGGCCUGGUGAGCCUCACCCUGUACUACCUCUUUCUGCAUCCCAGGGGGAAGUGGCGUGAGGCGGAUGAGGUGGACGGUCUGGGGACCGAAACAGAGAGCAUGAGGAGAAUGAGGAACUUUUUACAACCCUGAAAAAUGUAUUCUAUUCAAAGUUUUACAGAGGACAGAUAUGCACUUAUUAAAUCUGAACCUCUGCAGAAAGCAACUAGAAUAUCAUCUCCAUAUUACGUUCAUUCUAUAUUCACGUUAUUGACACUUAUCCUCACCCACCAUUAUCCCUUCUGGGAUUGAUUAAGCUUUUUUAUUACCUGUAUAAAAAGCUAGCCAUUUAUUUAAGUUAUUAGUAUUUAAUAGUUAGUUGUUCUAAUUAACAUGUCAAUGUGAUACAAACAUUUAAUUGUUAUAACA